AAGCAAUUUCCUCCCCCUUUCGGGCGAGGGCGCGCCCGCUUUCCUCCCAGUUGCAGAUGAAACUUGUUUUCUUGCUGCUCUUCUUCUGCUCCUCCACUGUCACGAGAAAUACAGAAAAUCGGUGAAAGAUCCGAAGAAAUGACUCCGGUAUCCCGUCUUCUGAGGCUCUUCUUCUUGUUCGUCUUCUUCCUGCUCGCUGCGAAGUCCACUGAGAUCGUCCGGCCGGAGGCCGCGAAGCUCCCCGACAGUGAAGCCGCUGCACUCAAAGCAGUUGCAACCAAGUUGGGAAAGAGGGAUUGGAAUUUCAGCGUGGAUCCAUGCUCGGGGAGUGGAGGGUGGAUGGAUUCAUCGAACAACAAUGUCACAUGUAAUUGUUCUUACGCAAACAGGACGGUCUGUCACAUAGUAAGCAUACAACUAAGCACACAAAACUUAACAGGAGUGCUGCCUGAGGAGCUGAGCAAGCUCACCCACUUAUCAAAACUACAUCUUGGAUCUAACUAUAUCAAUGGCACCAUUCCAGUUACUUGGGCUUCCUUGCCUUUGGUUACACUGGUGCUGUCAGGAAAUCGUUUGUCUGGCCAGAUCCCGAAGGAGCUUGGGAAUAUCACCACACUUCAAGGACUGGGACUUGAAGCAAACUUACUUGAAGGGCCACUUCCUCCAGAACUGGGUAACUUAGCCGGAAUGCAAAAGAUGUUCCUGAAUUCAAACAACUUCACAGGGGAGCUACCACCAGCAUUGGCCAAAUUAACCAACUUAAAUCACUUGCUAUACAGUGUACAAGACGAUAAUGAUUGUAGUAUGUGCAGCUGGAUCAGUGGGAGCAAUUUCACUGGGAAGAUACCUGAUUUCAUUAGAAACUGGACUCAGCUUCAGCUCUUGAUGAUAAUGGGUACGAAUAUGGAAGGUCCUAUACCUUCUAGCUUAUCAGUUUUGGAGAAUAUCACUGACCUGAGAAUUUCUGAUCUACAAGGUCCUGUCUCAAGUUUCCCGCCUCUGCAGAAAAUGAAAAAAUUGAAAAAAUUGAUACUGAGAAAUUGCAAACUUUCAGGCGAAAUUCCAUCAUAUAUCUGGACUAUGAAUGAACUGACACAUCUGGACCUCUCUUUCAACAGCUUAACAGGACAUGUCCCAGCUUCUUUGUCUAUUGAGGCAAGUCUAAAUGCAAUGUUCCUAAGGAACAACAAUUUGACUGGAACGUUACCUCUGUGGAUCCUCAGUAGCAAAAACAAUCUGGAUUUGUCUGUGAACAAUUUCACAGGAAAGGCUUCAUCAUCUUGUCCACAAGGGAAAUUGAACCUUGUGUCCAGCUUCUCUUCCACUGACAACUUUGUUGAUUCGUGCUUUAGGAAGGAUUAUCCAUGUGAGAUUGCAAAAUACUCUUCCUUGUUCAUAAAUUGUGGAGGGAAUCAGUACAAUGACAAUGAAAACAAAUACGAAGCAGAUCCAACACCAUUGGGAGAGUCCACAUACUAUCUUAGUACUGAAAGGAACUGGGCCCUCACCAGCACUGGGGCUUUCUUGGAUGUCUCUGAGAAUGAUACCCCUCUUACUUACAUAAUAGCCAACAAAAGCAGAUUGUCAAUGAAUGAUCCAACAUUGUAUAUGACAGCACGUACGUCACCGAUGGCAAUGACAUAUUAUGGUCUGUGCCUACAGAGUGGGAGUUACAAUGUCGGCCUUCACUUUGCUGAAAUAACUUUCACUGAUGACCAAACUUUUAGCAGCCUUGGUGAGCGUGUUUUUGAUGUAUCCAUCCAGAAUGAAAAAGUUCUAGAGAACUUUAACAUCGAAAGAGAAGCUGGUGGCCCUGGCAAGAAAAUCAUUAAAAGUUUCAAUGUUAACGUGACAAAAAAUACUCUUGAGAUCAGUUUAUAUUGGGCAGGCAAGGGGACAAUCAUGAUUCCAACUAGAGGAGUAUAUGGGCCUCUUAUUUCAGCAAUUUCAGUGACACCCAACUUUAAAGCUGAGACCAAGCAUGAACCUUCAGUUUUAAUGAUCGUGCUGAUUGUCCUCUUUGUUUGCCUCAUCAUCUUCCUUAUUUUAGUGAUCCUUCGGAUAAAAGGCUACCUUGGAAGCAGAGAAUCUGUGGAUGAAGAAAAUUUAGAACCUUGGGGGUUACAGCUGCAAACUGGGUAUUUCAGCCUUAAACAGAUAAAAGCAGCUACGAGGAACUUUCAUCCUGAGAACAAGAUAGGGGAAGGUGGAUUUGGGCCAGUUUACAAGGGAGUUUUGACAGAUGGUACUGCAAUUGCAGUUAAGAAGCUUUCAUCAAAAUCAAAACAAGGGAAUCGAGAAUUCUUGAAUGAGGUAGGCAUGAUAUCAGCUUUGCAGCAUCCAAAUCUUGUCAAUUUAUUUGGAUGCUGUAUUGAAGGGAAAGAAUUGAUGCUGAUAUACGAGUACAUGGAAAAUAAUUCCCUUGCACGUGCUCUCUUUGGACCAUGCGAGCAUCAGUUGUUAUUGGACUGGCCAACAAGGCAGAACAUUUGCGUUGGAGUAGCAAGAGGUCUAGCCUACCUUCAUGAAGAAUCUACGCUAAAGGUUGUUCACAGAGAUAUCAAAGCUACAAAUAUCCUUCUUGAUAAAGACCUCAAUGCUAAAAUUUCAGAUUUUGGCUUAGCAAGGCUUGAUGAAGGCGAUAAAACACAUAUCAGCACUCGAGUAGCUGGGACAUUGGGAUAUUUGGCUCCCGAAUAUGCUACGCGUGGACACCUAACAGACAAGGCAGAUGUUUUCAGCUUUGGAGUGGUAGCUUUGGAGAUUGUUACUGGUCGAAGCAAUGCACAUGCGAUGCCAAAAGAGGAUUUUGCCUUCCUUUUGGACUGGGCCUUUUUUCUACAAGAGAAGGGGAGCCUUUUGGACCUAGUCGAUCCAAGGUUAGGCUCAGAUUUAUCAGAGGAUGAGGCAUUAAGAAUGCUGAACAUCGCUCUUCUUUGCACCAGCCCCUCUCCCUCUCUCAGGCCGACAAUGUCUUCUGUUGUUGACAUGCUUGAAGGGAGAAUCCUGGCAAAAUCACCAACUCUGAGUAGUACUCUUGGCAAAGCUUCCCUGAGCAAUGCUUGGAGAUUCAGUAAUCCCUAUCUAGCCAGCAUCUCAAAGACCAGUGAAUCAUCAACUGGACCCCAUAGUAGUGGAUAUGGGUCAUAUGCAGGGUCAUUAACUUCAUCAGCCGACCAAAUGUAUACAGGCAGUCUAUGCUCCAUAACUGAGAAUGAGAUGUACCAUAUGCAUUCGUGAUGUCAAAACUGUCACACGAAUGUAGCUGUGGAUACAUAGGUAUGGAGCUUCUUAGAAACUUUCAAAUGUGUCUUGUAAAUGAGGAGAUAAUAGAAGUCAAGAGUACCAGUGGCAUGAUCAACACAUUGAAGUUUACCAGUUCUGUCAAUACUUUGUCUUCUUUGACUGGCAAUACUUCAAUUAAUUCCAUCUUCCGAUUGUCAUAUUUUCUGAGUAUAUGACCUACAUUUUCAUUCAAAACA